CAUAACAUAAAGCAUGCACAAUAGCAGCAUCUAGCGGAUCUCAGGAAGUGAAUAAGGGAACACCAGCCAGGUUUUGCUUGAAACGUGUACAGUAAGGGAAGAGAACUGGGGACAAUUAGCUAUGCUGCUGCUGUGCGGCGUUCCUCUUUCAUCUGGCGUCACUGAACGCAUCCAUCUGCCGCAACAGUUUGACACAGUGAACAGGGUGCACUCCUCACGGUUUGAUGACGUCUUCAUAUCAGCGGACCGCCGCGGGGCCUCUCCUCUUGAUCGGUGUAACCUUGGAGACGGUUGCUAUGUGACGCUUGUUGAUCCCCAGGAAGGGCUUGAGUUAGCUAGGGCAGAAAUGGAGGACAGCUUCCAACUCGAAGGUACCGGAGUUGUGAAAAACGUUGCAAAGACAGGGCGAAGGGCUCGCCUUGCUGCAGAUCAGUCUUCCUUUGAGGAGACCCGUCAUGUCAGGAAAUCUUCCUCUACUUCUACGGGAGAGGGCCCCCCCCCUAAACCGGCCCGAAGGCAGGGAGGCUGGGCAGAGGAAAGCUCUGGAUCUGGCUCUGCCAAAUCUUCAAGAAGACGUGCUGCUGAAGACCUGGAAGACCGUCGCCUGCAACCCCAAACUCCCCAGGGCUCGGAUGAUGAAGGAGAUAUUCCAGUGAUUCCAGACCUUGAUGAGGUCCAGGAGGAAGACCUUGCCAUGCAAGUCGCUGCUCCACCAAGCAUUCAGGUCAACCGGGUAAUGACCUACAGAGAUCUGGACAAUGACCUGAAGCACUACUCUGCCUUUCAGACCUUAGACGGGGAGAUUGACUUGAAGCUCCUCACCAAGGUUUUAGCAGCAGAGCAGGAGGUGAGAGAGGAGGAUGUGGGUUGGGACUGGGAUCAUCUGUUUACAGAGGUGUCCUCCGAGCUACUGACGGAAUGGGAUCAAGGAGAGAAUGAGGAGCAGGCCACGCUGCCUGUAACAUGAGGAGGUGUAGGCCAGGACCUCAGACAGCUUCUCUGGGAUCGGGAGGGCUUGUCCACGGCCCACACAGGGACCAUUGAUUUCGGUUGCAGUAGCUUCAUAUUAUUAUUCUGUAUCCAGAAUUUUAUAUUUUGUAAAAUAUAUUUAUUGCAUUUUUGUUGUUAUUGUUUUCUAAAUAAAUUUUACAAAUAGUUGCACUAUGUAUCAGCCUGUCUUGCCUUCAUCACUUCCCACAGUCCUCUCUGUCUCUAUUUCAGUCAUUGCAGUGGUUUCCCUUCAUUCAUUUUUACAUGGUUUUUGUUUAACCUAAACUGCCAAAAGGCAAACUGACUUCUGCUUGUAAAGGCCCCUCUGAAAUUAGCUGGCUCAGAUAAAAAUGCCCUCCCUGUACCGCUGGCAUUAUCAGCCCCCUCAUACAAGUCCAAGGUUGAUAAUCAGCUAAGCUGAAAUCCAGUUGAUUGUGUUCAAAUUAACAUUCCUCAU